AUGAGAAGCUUGUCUUCUCUCUGCCGGAGUAGCUGGUUAUCGAGGACAAGAAGAGAAGCUCCACACUCAAUCUUAUUCUCAAAUACUCUCUGUACUGACAACAGUGAUGGGGUUCAAAGCUCAAGGAUCAAGAUCUUCGAUCGCCAUUUCAGACGCAAACAGCUUGAUCGAGCUGCUUGGUUGAUGCGUUCGAAGGAUUCUUUUGUUGAUACUGUUGCUGAGAAUCUGUUAGAUCGUUUGGAGGAUUGCAAGAAAACAUUUCCGACAGCAUUAUGUUUGGGGGGUUCGUUGGAAGCUGUCAGGCGUUUGUUACGUGGUCGUGGUGCCAUCGAAAGGCUCAUUAUGAUGUCUACAUCACAUGAUAUGGUAAAACUAUGUAGAGAUGCUGAGCAUGGUGUACAGAGUGAAAACAUUGAAACAUCGUUUAUGGUUGGUGACGAAGAGUUUUUACCUGUCAAAGAAAGUUCUCUAGAUCUGGUCAUAAGUUGCUUGGGCCUUCACUGGACAAAUGAUCUUCCAGGAGCCAUGAUACAGAGCAGAUUGGCAUUGAAGCCAGAUGGCCUAUUUUUAGCUGCAAUUCUUGGUGGAGAAACCUUAAAAGAGCUGAGAAUAGCAUGCACAGUGGCACAAAUGGAGCGUGAAGGAGGCAUCAGUCCACGAAUAUCACCUUUGGCACAAGUGCGGGAUGCAGGCAAUCUUUUGACCAGGGCAGGUUUUUCCCUUCCAGGUGUUGAUGUUGAUGAAUUUGUAGUCAGAUAUCCAAGUGCCCUGGAUCUUGUAGAACAUCUGCGUGCCAUGGGUGAAACCAAUGCCCUUUUACAAAGGAACACUAUUCUAAAGAGGGAAACUGCUCUGGCCACUGCUGCAAUUUAUGAUUCAAUGUUUGCAGCAGAAGAUGGCACCAUCCCUGCAACCUUCCAGGUUAUUUAUAUGACAGGGUGGAGGGACCAUCCAUCUCAGCAGAGGGCAAAAAGGAGGGGCUCUGCAACUGUGUCCUUUCAGGACAUCCAGAAGCAAUUUGGAAGUGAAAGUUGA